AUGAAUCUUUCGAUUGUUUUGAGUCUUAUGCUGAACCAUACGAUUGUUAGAAGCAAACUUCAAUUUGAGCCAACGGAGUUUGCUUUUUAUAAUUACCAGUACCACGACCAUAGCUUGUUAGAAGUUAAAUAUUAUGGAAGUGACGCUACGGGUUUUAAAGAGGAGUAAGUCGGUUUUUAAUGUUUCUGCGUCAUUUAUUUUAACCUUACAGUAGCCAUGGUACGGUUUUGAACUGGGCCGGACGGGGACUUUUGGUCUAGAGACGGGGUCGAAAAAUCCACAUCCUACGUUCAACUUUUUUCAAAAAAUUUCAAAUUUUUAUAUGUAAAUUUUAAACUUUUUUUAGUCUUUUUUCCAAUUUUUUUUCAAUGUUUCAGUACCUCUAAGCGUCUCAAUUGUUCAAAAGACUGUGGAGAAUACAUGAACGUGAGAAUGAGUAUGAGCAGCAACAUGACGCCAAAUGUGAUUGGAAUUAAAAAAGUUCGAAACACAGAGAGUUUCGAAAUUUCCGUUUUGAAAGGGAACGAAUUUGUGGAUACGCAUGUCAGAACGUGAGUUUAUUUUUAGUUUCAAAAAUUUUAACAAAAAAGUACCUAACCUGCCCUACAUACAAUGAAAAUACUCAACCUGCCCCACUCAGAAUCAUCUCAAAAUUUUUAUAUAAACUCUUUGUACCACCAAUAGUACUCAUAAAAAAUUUUCAUCUCACGCUUUUGAGUUUUAAAUUUGAAAUAUUUGAAUUUCCCGCCAACUUGAAAAAUUUGGCAUUGCGUUUCAAGCACUUUUUUUGACUUUCCAGGCAAGCUAUGUACUUAAAUUUGAAAAUGUAGGUCCAUUUAAAGGUUUUCUACUAGUAUAAUAUAUCAAAGAAAGCUGAUUAAAAAUCAAAAAAUGACAAAGUUAUAGGCUUCAAACACAAUGCCAAUUUGACGGGAAGUUCAAAACGUAAUUUUUUGAUUUUGAUUUUCUGGUGUUUGACUGGAAAGCGCAAUUUAGUGCUUUGCUGAAGGUCUUAUAUUUACAUGACCUUUCUAUAUAAAAAGUUUGAAGUCAAUCAGAGCGGGGCAGGUCGGGCAUCUUCCUUUUAAGUUAUUUUUUAUUUUUUUAAUUUUAUUUUCAAAUUUAAAAUUAUUUUUUUUAUACUAAAUUUUAUUUUUUUAAUUCAAAAAUUGACUUUUUAUUUAAAUUUUUUUAAAUUUUUUUUCUAAACUAUAAAUUAAUUUUUUUAAUUUUAAAAUAUAUACUUUUUAAUAUUAAAAUUCAUUUUUAGAAACAACACCGCAAAAGUGUACCUGUUGAAUGAUAUCGUGAUUGUGGAUCAAACGUGCGACGGUAGAACAUUAAGAAAGUACAAUAUUACGUCUAAAAGGAUUAAAACUACCGUUAGACAUGUCCCACUCCCUUGUGUCAAUUCUUUUGCUAUAGACAAUCGUAUUGUGUUUGAAGAAUCCGGAAAUCUACAGUAUUUAGGUUUCGAUGAUGAAGAUUAUGGCGAUCUCACCGACUCUCUUGACGCUUUUAGAAGUUACAGUAAAAAUGACACAACAUUUACAGGCUUCUUUAGAGUUGUAAGUUUUUAAUAUAAUAGUUUAUGUGGGUAGGCUUUGGAUAGAUGAGGCUAAGGGUGAGGUAGGAAAAGAGAUAAAACAUAGGGCUAGAAUGAUACAGUAAGGCUAUGAGAAGGCUUAUAGUAAGGCUGGAUAUACUAUAAAUAGGGAAAUGAUAAGGAGCUUAGGUAGGAUUGUGGUAGGGUAAAGUAGGGUAGAGUAGAGCUAUGUAUGUAACGUAGGGUAAGGCGAAGUAUGGUAGGGCAAGGAAGGGUAGGGUAAAGUAGGGUACGGUAAAGUAGGGUUUGGCAGGGUAGGGCAAGGCAUAAUAAGAUAUGGUAGGAAAUGGUCGAAUAGGGUAGGGUAGGGUAGGGUAGGGUAGGGUAGGGUAGGGUAGGGUAGGGUAGAUUAGGGUAGGCUAGGCUAGUGUAGAGUAAGGUAGGGUAGGGUAAGGUAAGGUAGGAUAGGGUAAGGUAGGGUCAAGUAAGGUAGCGUAGAGGGGUGAGGAAGAAGUAGGGGGGCAAGGCAUAAUAAGAUAUGGUAGGAAAUGGUCGAAUAGGGUAGGGUAGGGUAGGGUAGGGUAGGGUACGGUACGUUAGGGUAUGGUACGGUACGGUAGAGUAGGAUAGAGUAUGGUAGGGUAGGGUAUUAUAGGAUAAAGUAGGGUAUUGUAGGGUAGAGUAAAGUACGGUACGAUCAAAUAGAACUCUUUUAUCACAGAGUCUACAGUAGUUAAGACUAUGUUAUUUCAGAAAGACUUUCUUCGCGACACUUCUGGAAUUGAUAAAAACUUGCAUAUUCAGUUUAUAAGGAACGACGCACCUGGUACUAUUACAUCAACGGCUGCUACAAAUGGAACAUCCACAAGAUCGUUUUCUUCAACUACAAUAUCAACUGGAAGCUCAACAACUUCUACAAUAUCAAGUAACUUGUCAGUAAACACUUCUUCACAUACUGUCUUACCCGACCCUACUCCACCUUAUCCCACAUUAUUCUUUCUUACCCUACUUCACUCUACGCUACUUUACCUCACCCUAUCCUACUACGCCUUACUUUACAUUACCCUAACCUACUCCAACUUACUCUAUCCUGCUAUACCCUAGUUUUUUUUAGACCUAAUGAAGCAACAACAAUAUUGAGUGAUUCAGAAUUUGCUGCUUCUCAAGCUGCCAAUCUGUUGAAGACGUGUAGCUUGACUAAGGUGUUGUACGACUACCAUAAUGUGCUUGAUAUUGACGUUAUUCAGUAUGAUUAUGACUAUGAGAAUAAGACAAUUAUGGUCAAUUACUACAGACGCUACUUGACUCAAGAACGUUUGACGUAGGUUUGAAGCAUAGUUUUUUAAAAUUUAAAAUUUAAAAAUUUUUUUGUUUUUUUUUAUUACUUUAGGGUAUAACUCAAUAGAGUUUUUAAUUUUAGAAGCCUGACAAUACAUGUCAAUGAAUCUAUGACAUCAUUUGUGGCAUUUCUGACUGAAAAUGGACAAAAUCCAUUCAACUUCUACUUUAGCUAUGUCAAGGAAAAAGAGUAUGUAUUUUGUGACUUUUUUUUAGAUUCAAAAUUCAUUUUAAUAGAUCAAUUAAAUGAUAUUUAGAGUUGAAACAACAUUACACCACGCGAUAGAAAUUCUACUUUUCAGAACCAGGAUCUACAGUCACAUCAACAACACUAUAACCCUUCUAGCCAAAACGGAAACCGGCCAAGCUUUAGUAAUACACGACAAGCUCUUCACAUACGAUUGUAACGACAAGUACUACUUGUAUGCUUUUGAUGGAACUCGGUUCAUGCCAUUAUGGAACCGAGACGACUUUGACUGUGCCUAUCAGGUAUCGACCGGAGAUGAAUUCAGAAUCUUUGUUACAAAAGGUCAUAUUUGUAUGUCAGCCGUGCCAGGAAAGACUGUGACAAGAUUCAAGGAAUGUGAAUUUUUCAAAUUCAACUACUUCAGCAAAGCCAGGCUGGCUCAGACAAGGUUUUUGUCAUUGGUAAGGGGGUGUUUUGACAUUUUUAGGUAUCUGUAGAAUAUUGGAUUGCUAUUGUUGAUGUUUUAGUUAUCGAUUUUCACUUUUAGUACCACAUAGCAACGAUGGCGGAAUGUGGACUCUCCUUAUCAGACAACGACGCUCGUAGCAUCUUCAUCAGAUUCGUUUUGAAGCCAAAGAAGAGCGUUUAG